AGCCAACAAAACCCGUUCUUGCAGACCAGACACAACUUUAGCGUGGCCCUGAUCCCGCGUGUGUUUCCCAAGGAAAGAGGACAGAUCGGAUUUACAGUACCAACUAGAAAGUCCAGUUCGACCGAUAGACAUGUCAGAGGAGCAUGACAAUAAGAGGGCGGUGCUCGUGCUGCAGAAUGACCCCACCUACAGCCAGCGCCGCUCCUUCACCACGGAGGACGAGGCGUGGAAGUCGUUCCUGGAGAACCCGCUGACCGCCGCCACCAAGGCCAUGAUGAGCAUCAACGGCGACGAGGACAGUGCCGCCGCCCUGGGCCUCCUCUAUGACUACUACAAGGUACCUGGAGAUGCCAGGUCACAAACCAACUCAUGGGUGCCCCGAGAGAAGAGAACAAUACCCCAGCAAAAGACCGACGUCCUGGGCUCUGAUGUGGAUCACAACAAAAGGAACCUAAUGGGUCCACUUCCAGAGACAUCCAUGGCGACCGCAGAGGGCAAGAUCCAGGUCCUGAAGGGAGUUCCCUUCAACAUCGUCCUGCCGGGGAACCAGCUGGCCCAGGACAAGCGGGGGCUCUUCCCCUCCCCGGACACCACGGUCACCCUUUCCAUAGCGACGAUGCCCACCUACCCUAUCAAGACGGAGGGGCAGUCGAGUGGAUUCUCGGUGACGAUCCCCGGGGCCCAGUGCUCGGAGCGAGACAGCCACACCGCCGCGUACGAGAGACAGCUGGCCCACAGCCAGUUCAGCCCCAGCGGUCAGCCGCGCACCCCCGACUCCACGUUCCCGGAGACCUUCAAGGACGGAGGCCAAGAGGUGUUCGCGUUCCCAGGGGAGCUCCAGUUACGCAUGUCCUCCAUCGGCCAGGACGAGUUCUCCACUUUUGAUGCCGUGUCUGGCAACAACUUUGAAUACACACUUGAGGCUUCAAAGUCUCUGCGUCAGAAGUCAGGCGACGGCACGAUGACCUACCUCAACAAGGGCCAGUUCUAUCCCAUCAGCCUCAGGGAGAUCGACAACGGGAAAAUGCUCCAGCACCCCAUCAGCAAAGUGCGAAGUGUGGUGAUGGUGGUCUUUGGGGAGGACAAGUGCAGAGACGACCAGCUGAAACACUGGAAGUACUGGCACUCCAGACAGCACACAGCCAAGCAAAGAUGCAUUGACAUCGCCGACUACAAGGAGAGUUUCAACACCAUCAGCAACAUCGAGGAGAUCUCCUACAACGCCAUUUCCUUCACCUGGGACAUCAACGAGGAGGCAAAGAUCUUCAUCUCGGUGAACUGCCUGAGCACAGACUUCUCCUCUCAGAAGGGUGUGAAGGGUCUGCCCCUCAACCUGCAGAUCGACACCUACAGCUACAACAACCGCAGCAACAAGCCCAUCCACCGCGCCUACUGCCAGAUCAAGGUGUUCUGCGACAAGGGAGCCGAGAGGAAGAUCCGCGACGAGGAGCGCAAGCAGUCGCGCAGGAAGGGCAAGAGCACAGACGUCAACGCCAACCUGGGCAACUAUCACUCGGUGGAUGUGAAGGUGCCACUGCUACACAAGCGGAGCGACAUCACCAUCUUCAAGGCGAUGGUGGACCUGGAGACGCAGCCCGUCCUCUUCAUCCCCGACAUCCACUUCUCCAACUUCCAGCGCCAUCCCUUCUCAUCUGAAGAUGCAGAAGAUAGCGCGGGGAUGAAGAGGUUAACCUAUGGCAACGAGGAUGAGUAUGCAACGCCGCCGCACAAAAUGCCCAGGAUGGACGAACCUAAGAAAGUGCUGUUGUACGUGCGUAAGGAGACGGAGGAGGUGUUCGACGCCCUCAUGCUGAAAACUCCCACACUCAAGGGCCUGGUGGAGGCCAUAUCAGACAAAUAUGAAGUUCCCUUUGAGAAGAUGGGGAAAGUCUACAAGAAAUGCAAAAAGGGGAUCCUGGUGAACAUGGACGACAACAUCAUCAAACACUACUCGAACGAGGACACCUUCCAGAUCGAGAUGGAGGAGGUCGGAGGGGUAUUCAAGCUCACGCUGACAGAAAUCUAGCACCCUCGAGCGCUUCCUUCUCUAUGGAGGCUGGUGGUUUACACAUCUGUAUAUAUAUAAAAAAAGAUAAUGGGCCCCUCAGUGUGUCUGCUGUAUGCUGUAUGAUUAUGCGCUGUCCUCCGCUGCCUGAGGAACUACAUGGGCCUCAGAAUUCCUUAUUGAUCCCCUUGUUUCUGGAGGGACUUAAGUCUGGUUUGAAACCUUCUGAGGUGUGCUAAUGCAAAUGCUCUCAGAGCUUUAACAAGGUCUACCACUGAUGCAGUGAAAUAAGAAACAGGUAUUUUAUGCUAGGG